UGUAUAUAAAUAUUGUGCUCUGUAUAGAAGUCUGAAUGUCUUGACACACACUGGUUUGCAAAAGCCUGUGUUGAGAUGCCAUACUGAAGCUCCUUGCACAGAAGGGAGAUCAACUGGAAAAAAUCAGUGUUGACAGCAGCUCUCCUCUGUGAGGAACAGGGUAGUAGCAGGAGCGGGCGAGUGAGGAGAGGGAGGAGGGAUCGAGAGUCUGAGAGCGAGAGAGAGAGGGAGAGAGAGAGAGAGAGAAAGAGAAAGAGAGAGACUUUUGCACGGACACCCAGCCACAACCUCUAUUGUAGGUAAGCAGGCAAGGGAAGGCGUUUUAGGAGCGGAAUUUAAACCCACGGGCGCAACACUGGUCACUGCUGUGGAUACCCCCGAAAUCGGCGGACAAGGAAAUAUGGAGGAGGAUAUGGAUGAAGGGCAGACCCAGAAGGGAUGUAUGGAGUGUUGUCUGAAGUGUCUAGGCGGCAUCCCUUAUCCCUCACUGAUUGCCACUAUCCUGCUGUAUGCUGGAGUGGCGCUCUUCUGUGGAUGUGGUCAUGAGGCUCUGUCUGGAACGGUCACCAUACUCCAGAAUUACUUUGAGGUGAUCAGGGCACCAGAUGCCCUGGAUGUCUUUACAAUCAUUGACAUUAUAAAGUAUGUGAUCUACGGUAUUGCCUCUGCGUUCUUCGUUUAUGGCAUUCUUCUGAUGGUAGAAGGCUUCUUCACCAGUGGAGCCAUCAAGGAUCUGUAUGGAGACUUCAAGAUCACCACCUGUGGACGCUGCGUCAGUGCAUGGUUCAUCAUGCUGACCUACAUCUUCAUGUUGGCUUGGCUGGGUGUGACAGCAUUCACCUCUUUGCCUGUCUUCAUGUAUUUCAACAUCUGGACCAUCUGCCAAAACACGACUGCCCUAGCGGGAGCAAGUUUAUGCUUUGACCCACGCCAGUAUGGUGUCGUGCCCAUUGCAGAGGCGAAGUCUCUAUGUGCCGGAUCAGAUAAGUUCGCUGAAAUGUGUCAAUCGAAUGAGCUGGAUAUGACUUUCCAUCUGUUUGUCUGUGCACUGGCUGGGGCUGGAGCAGCGGUCAUUGCAAUGAUCCACUAUCUGAUGGUCCUGUCUGCCAACUGGGCCUAUGUGAAGGAUGCUUGCAAAAUGCAGAAAUACGAGGACUGCAAGUCCAAGGAGGAGCAGGAGCUGCAUGACAUCCACUCCACGCGUUCCAAGGAGAGGCUCAAUGCCUACACAUAAGACAGGAAGCAGCAGCAGGGGCGAGAGGACCCUCAGUGCCUUCACUUCCUUUAAAGGGAGUUUUGGCACUGGUGCAGUCCAGGUGGUGUGUCGUACGACCAACCCCAUGGCCAACCCAUUACCUCUCGCACAAACAUUAUUAUUAUUAUUAUUAUUAAUAAUAUUAUUGUUAUUAUUAUUACUAUUAUUAUUAUUAUGUAGUGCUAGCAGUAGUGUUGUAAGUUUUUUGACAUUCUUUUUUUUUUCAAAAACUGUGCAGGUUCUUUUUCCACCACAUUCUUAAUCCUUUAUUAUAAUAUUCCUCUUUUUAAACAAAAUUUAGCAUUAAUACAUGAAUCAUUCUUACGUAGAGGGUCGGUUUUUGGGGUUAAAAAAAGCACAUUUUUCAUGUGUGUUCGUCUCUUAUGGUCUCAUUAUCAAGGACUUACAGCAUGACAACAUUUUGGUAAAACGAAAUAAUUCUCUCUUUUCUCUCGCUCUCUCUCCCUCUCUUUCUCUCCUUCUUUUUUAAUCAUUAGAAGGUAUAAAGCCCGACACCAGCAGAAGUUCUCGUGCUCGUUCUGCAUUAUUUUGGUAAAAGAAAACUCAAACUGAGAAAGAAAGACAAAAAAGAAAAUUAAGCUAUAACAGAUGUAACAUAAAGUGUUUAUUUAUUAUUUUUCUACAAAUGUCAUUAUCAAGAUGAAAACAUAAUGGUUAUUAUUUGCUUGCCGUGCUCAGUUCAGUUUUCAGGUAGUCCUCAGUGUGCCAGUGGGUGGCAUUGUAACUUCUCUGAGGGGGAGCGGAACGGGGCUACUUGUGACCACUUUGCAGUGGGUGUAAAAUCUACCAGACUCCCUCUUCGAUAACAAUGCAACUCUCCCUUUACUGGCAGCAAGCUACAUAUGCACAAGCCUACAGCGUUAUGACCCCCACUUUUUUAUUUUCCUAUAGAUAAAGAUGUAGACACAUAUGACAGGGUUUUUAAUUUGACUAUUUUUAUUUUCGACUUUUGUAUAUAGCCAUUCUGUAAAUGUAUGUACUGUACGUUAGCACUUAAACUUCAGGUGAAUUCGUGUUAGGUGGACAAAACACAUUCCAUGACAGGAUAGGGAGAGGGAGGGUAUUCAUUUUAAAAUCUAUUCGAAAAAAGCAGAGAAGAAGCUAAAUCCAGGCGACACAGUGAUGUUGUUUUUUGUGACAGAUCACUUUUAGCGGGUUUUCUUUUCAAUGGGGAAUAAAACGAUGAAAACAACUAUUAAAAGAGCUUAUAAUAUUAUCUCGAUGACAGUUACUCGUUGUCUUGCUAACAAGUCAUUAUUAUAUUGGACAAUGAAGAAGUCUUAUUCUUUUACUGCCUGGCAAGUCAUGUUCCGUCAGUGUUACUAAAAGUUUUGUGCACUUAUUUGACCAUUUUGUGAGCUCUUUCUCUUUGUAAGUGCAUUGGGAUAUCAACUGCAGAGUCAGAUCCCUGUAAUGUUAGGUAAAGACUGUGUGAACCUAAGUGUUAUUUGUGGCAUGGUCAUGCAUUCAAUGGUAAUCGUUUUUACUGGAUCAAAAAAUAAUACGAUAUUGGAAAAAAUCAAAAUGAAAAAAAAAUACAAUUUCAUUUCACCUUUUUAUGAGUUUGUUAUAUGCGACUGUCUCGCUGGGUCAUCCCCUUCUUCAUAAUGUGCAGUAAUUUGAAUCCUAUGCUAAAAACAUUACGCUAAAACUCCUUCUCUUUGAUGGUAGUGCUUGAUUUGUGCCUGUUUACGUUGUGGUGAUCUCUAUAACUCCCUCUGAGUCUUACUCUCACCCUUCUAUUACUAUUGCUUGUUGAGCCCCUAACUUAAUGCUUUCUCUGAACCCUCACCUCUCUCUCUUUCUAUCUCUCUAACUCUCUCUGUCCCAGUAUUAGUCUUUUUGUACUCUCACUAAAGAAUGCUUAGUAGCAAGCUGUACCAUUCAUUUGUUUUGUACAUAAAUGUGCCAACCGCUUGACAGUGGCUUUUCUGAUCUGUAGGGACAAAGUGCUUGCAUAAAUAAACUACACUGGUGUACUUGUUAAUAAAUACUU